AAAAUGGAAUGGAAUAAUUGAGGUUAACUUUCUAGCUUGCUAUUGCUAGUUGGUAGUUGCUAUCAUUUCGUUUUCUGUGUAUUAUAAAAUUAUUGUAGUUGUGAAUCUUUAUUUUUAUAAAAAAGUAAUGAAUUGCAAAAUCUGUAAAACAGAGAAAAAGGUUCCUUACAAAUGCCCAAAGUGUUAUAUUCGUUAUUGCUCUUUGCCCUGUUGGAAGAGCCAUAAAAAUUACGACUGUCAAAGAGUAUUGCCAUCUGAUAGUCCAGGAAAACCAGAAAGACAAACAGACACACGCCCGCAACCAAAAUUUGUCACAGAGAGUACUGUCCCAUUGGAGAAAUUGGCGCUUUUGAGUAAAAGUAAAGCCGUGAAGCAAAUCUUGGAGAACCCGAAUGUCAGAAAUAUUUUAACGGAGAUCGAUCAGUCAGAUAAUCCACGUCUCUCCAUAAACAAAUUCAUGCAAGAGCCUAUAUUUGAAGAGUUUGCAAAUGCAUGUAUCAGCAUAGUUGAAGACGAUCAUCGCAAUAGUGAAAGUGAUGGUGAAUGAAAAAUUUAAUACACAGUGAUACAUACCAUUGAUUAACAUUAACUUGU